AUGGAGUACAACAUGAACGCCUUCGGUAUGACUUCGGCUUUCGUUGCGCCGGUAGCAUCCUUCCCCAACGCAUGGCAAUCGCCUCAAUCCAUCUCCUCCAUCCCCUCCUCCAACGACCUUAAUCUCCCCACGUGGCUCGUCGACGAGCCAGAGGCGCCCGCUGCGGAGGGCGACGAGGGGUCCAUCGCCGAGUGGGUCGCACAGUCGUGCAUCGCCGACGACGACGAUUCCGACUCGAGCGACGCCUCUAGCGACAUCGCUAGCCGCCAUUCCUACUCCACCCCUAACGGCCACUACCCUGCGCCGCAUCACCCCGACGCCAUGACCUACCAUUCCCGCGCACUCGGCAUGGCGCACAGCCACUCUAGCGCCAGCAUCGCCAGCCACAGCAACCGCGGCUCCAGCCCCUCGAGCUCGCAUACCUCCUCGCCUUCCGUCUCGCGCACGUCCAGCCUCUCCUCCCGUCUCUGGUCGCAGUCUUCCGUCUCCACCACCUCCUCCACUUCCUCCCUCACCUCGCCUCCCCGCAGCGGUUCCCCGACGUCGGUGUUGGGCCAGAACGCCAACGCGGAGGCCUGGGAGUUGCUCUUUGCCGCAGCGGGUAGAAUUCAGGAGCUCGCGCUGGAGCCCGAGCCUGCUAAGCCCGCCUGCGCCGGUCCCCCGCGCGCAGCCGCCCAGCCGUUCGUACCCGCCUCCCGCCACAUGCACCAGGCGCCCGCGUACGGCGCUCCGCAGAUGAACCACAACGGCAACCGCCAGCAUGCGAACAACCAUCAGGUGGCGCAGCAGCAGGGGAAUAACAGGCGCGUGGGACAGCAGCCCCACAGGCGCAACAACCACAACGGUGCGCAGGUCGCCAAGGGCUCCCCACUCCGCCGCGUGUCGGAAUGCGAGACGGAUUCGCGCAAGGGGCAGGCGCCCGGCAACGGCACUGGCGUCUUCCUUCCCCGUGCUGCCCCCGCACCCGCUUCCGCCAAGCCUUCCGCCGAUACCAGCAACGCCGGGCGCAAGUCCCAGCGUCCUGGCGCAACAGUGUACCUUCCCGCACGCCUCGUGCACGUGUUCGGCCUCGAUGUCGACGAGAAUAACAACGUCCUUCUCAACCGCGCCGCUCCUGGAGGCGCUGCCCCCGCUUCCGGGCCCGCCGCCGCGAAGCCUGCCGCUCCUGGCCCGAAGCGCGGUGGAGGAUGCGCAGGUGUGCGCGCCGCCCCCGUUAUCAAGCUUGCCCCCGCGGAGAUGCUUGCGGGGAGUGGCAGGAAGGGCGGUAAGGGAGGGUAA